ACAUUUCCUUUCCUCCUUCAGUAGCGGACGAGCUAACGUAAGGAAAGGGAGAACGAGAGAAGCUUCUUUUUCCGUCAAUUGUUUUCCUUUGACAUCGUGUAAGUUGACACCCGAGGACCUCUGGUGUUUAUUGCCCAAGCGGAACAAUAGAAAAAGCCAUCCAAACGUUGUUCCGCUCGCCUUAUGGGGACUUUGUGUGCAAAGCUCUCGAAACAUAUCAUACAAGCUGUGUCGAGAUGAGCCAAACCUGUAGAUCUGAGGAGGUUGAAUUGGAGUAAUUGGCUCUAAGCAAGGCUCGAAAACCCAUCCCACUUCCACGACCACAAAAGAUCCAUCAUGCCAUUGGAAGAUAGUGUCAUCCAUAGUGAGUAUCGCAACGAAGAUGAAAUCCUGUUCAUGGCACAAUCAUCGCAUCCCGACAACUCGACCCUCGUGGCCAUCUUUGUGAUAACGGUGGUCACCCUCCUGAUGAUCGCUCUGAUCACGUGGAAGCUUUGCUCCUUGUGCAACAAAUGGUACAAACGACGAGAUGAGCUCAGUGAACUGGAGGAGGAUCGACAUUUGGAGGCUGCCUUGACUCAGAGCGAAAAGAAUGUGUUGGAGGCGAAAAAGUUCCUGAACUCCUAUCGAACGGUGACUGUGAUUGGAACAGCAGCCUCUUCACCCACGAUCCAAAGGCCUCCUUGCCUCAAUUGCAAUCUGAUUGCCAUGGGUGAGGCCGUUUCCUACGCGGAUGGAAGUUGUCCUCAAUGUGGAAACAACACUUAAAACGCCCAUCCAUCAACCACAACCCAAUGACAAUAUUCGUCGGAGCUUUUUUGCAUUCAUCCGAUCACCACACGUAAAUCAGGGCAACCAGGCAUAAUCCAAUAUCCGAUAAGGUCCACAUGGUUCGACACUAAUGCUCGAAGUACAGGGUGCCCUGUCAUUCCUGGACAUAGUUCACUCCUCGUUGCAGAUUCGCUCAAUUGUUGAACAAAAACUCGAAAAAAGCCUCAAAAUGAGGGAAGUUCCGUGAAAUGACUUUUGUGGAAGAUCAAACACUCUGCUAAAACUUGGAAAGAAGCUUUAACGACAAAGGAGAGUGAGUGAGCUUCUUUGUGUCCUGAGACUUGAGCGCCACCUUGUCUUUAGUAGUUCCACAUGCGGUUGACUCAAUUGUUCCCGAAGCCAAUGGUCCAUAGAGAGAGCUCUCUAUAUACUCAACUCAAUCCAAUAAGGCCAACGACAGCGUCUGACAGUCCAACCAAGGUGUUUUUGCCAUUCGUACAAGGACUGCGACCAAAGUAGUAAACCCGAUAUUAUGGAGAUGGUCCACCUUUUAUUCUUCCCUUUAUCAGCGAAAGGAACUUUCCAUGAAAGUCCCAGAUGUGACAAUCUUGAUUGGACCAAUUAUUGCCUGAAUUCUCCACCAACGAGGAUGUAGGCGUUUUUUUUUACCCCUAGUCCUCUUCGAUCGAGUGGACCAUCCAUCGCCCAAACG